GGGUACGUAAAAUGGAUUUAGAAUACAGGCGCCUCGACCAUAGAACACAUGUCCUCGAAAUCCCCGAUACAUAUGUUGGAAGCAUAGAACCUUAUCCUCGUAAAGAAUGGCUGAUGUCUGUAGAUGGAAAGAUUUCUUCUCAAACUAUAACACUGCCUAGUGGCCUCGAACGACUUUUCAUAGAAGCUUUGUCUAAUGCAGUAGAUGAUCUGAAUAGAGCAGCUAAUAGACAAGGAAUCGUCAUCGUUCAAUGCGACCCCUUUUUCAUUGAAAUCGAGAACCGUGGAGGCAAAGGCAUUCCUUUAACAAAAUGGGACGACUCUCUCUAUGUACCUGAGCUCAUUUUUGGAGAACUGCUGACGAGUUCCAACUAUACUGAAGAAAGAUACUAUUCUGGAAGGAAUGGGUUCGGUAUAAAGCUCUGCAAUAUUUUCAGCACCAAACUUUCAGUUCGAAUCAUAGAUAGCAAAGGCAGUUGUUAUGAGCAAUCAUGGGAGAACAAUAUGGCAGUCAAAAACCCUAUCACUUGGUCCAAGGUCUCAAAAAAAGAAGGACCUAGUGUUAUAGUUCGUUUCUAUCCAGAAUUCAGCAGAUUCAAGAAAGAAUGCUUUUCUGAGGAAGAUCUUGGUGUUUUUCGAAGACACGUUCUCGAGGCAAGCUUGGUCACCGGAUGUACCUGUCUAUUCAACAAUUUCGAAUUUUCUAGAGUCACGCUGCACUCCUAUGCAGAAAAAUUCGUAGACUAUCCUAUUACCGCAGUCUUUAGUUCAGGAAAUAAUGAGACACUUUUGACUGACCAACAAGGACUCUGCGUUUCUUUCGUGAAUGGAAUAAGAACAAUAGACGAUGGAACUCAUGUUGACGCUCUUCUCAAAGAACUUAAGACCUCCCUUGGAAUUACAACCAAAAAAAUAUUUGCCACUGCUAUCAAAGCCAAGUUCGGAAUAUUCCUCUCUAUUCGAGUCAAAAAUCCCAAGUUCAAUGCACAAACCAAAGAUCGUCUUGUUGGUCCUGCUGACAUUCCUCUUUCGCUCAAGACAAAGGAACUGAAAAACUGGCCUUACUUCCUUGAAGUGAAAUCGUUUCUAGAGCAGUCAAAGGUGCCUAAGACUGCAGCAGCGGGACAUAAACUCCAAAUUAAAGACUUGGACGACGCUAACUGGGCAGGAAAACAACCCGAAAAAUGCACUUUGCUACUCACUGAAGGAAAGUCAGCUAUGUCCUAUGCUGUAAAAGCCAUUUCCUUCCACGCUAGUAGAGAUAUGUACGGAGUGUUCCCCUUGAGAGGAAAAGUUCUCAAUGUCGCGGACGAUAAGUCUACUAGCAGGGAAAUUGGUUUGGUAGAAAAAGCCCUCGGUCUUCCUCAAGGACCAUUGCGCUACGGAAGAGUAGUCGUGCUCGCGGAUUCGGAUUUGGAUGGAAAGCAUAUUCUAGCUCUCAUUCUCAAUUGGUUCGCUACGAAAUAUCCUCAUUUAUUGAAACAACAUCCGCCUUUUCUAGGUUUCUUAAGAACUCCUAUCAUCAAAGCAACGCGGGGCCAGACCAAGAAAAAUUUCUACAGUGAAGAAGAAUUUCGUUUAUGGCCAGAUGCUCAAGACCGCUCCUGGAAAAUUCGCUAUCUUAAAGGUCUAGGUUCUUCUUCUGACCAGGACAUACGCGAAGACUUUGCAGAGGACAGAUUCGAAUAUUUCACUAUCAACGGAGAGCAAGACAUAAAGACUAUUGAAGAAGCCUUUCGCAAAACACAAGUAGCAGUAAGGAAGGAAUGGAUUCUCAAUCCUCUUUCGGAAACCCGUUCAGACUCAGUCAUUUGUCGGUUCAUUCAACAAGAACUAGUGGAAUAUUCUAAAGAAACUAUUUCCCGAAGCAUACCGUCUUUCUUUGACGGUCUGAAAGAAUCGCAAAGAAAGGCGCUUUGGAGCAGCUUUCAAUUUGCUUCCAAAGGAGCUGUAAAAGUAGCCCAACUCGCAGCUCAUGCAGCCAAAAUAACCAACUACAAACACGGCGAAGGGUGCUUAAGCGACGUUAUUAUUCGUCUCGCUCAAGACUUUGUUGGGGCUAACAAUCUUUCUUUUUUUGAGUCCCAUGGCCAAACUGGUUCUCGAUAUUAUGGAGGGGCAGAUGCUGCGUCUGAACGUUAUGUUUAUGUUAAGCUAGCCAAAAUUGUUCCUUAUAUUUUUCCGCAACAAGAUGACUUCCAACUACCUGCCAAAAUGGAAGAUGGCGAACAAGUAGAGCCUGAAUUCUUGCUUCCUAUUAUUCCUUUGGCUCUAGUCAACGGUGUUUCUGGAAUCGCAACUGGCUUCCGAACGUGGAUUCCACCUCACGACCCUCUCACCGUUGUGCAAUUAGUGAAAAA